AUGUCCGCUCCCGUUAUCCCUCCUGGUAGCACCAUUGUGCAGUCCUUCAAGAAGUCCUUUGUCGAUGUUCCCAUUGAUGAGGCGAAUGGUCGCGCUAUUGCCACCACCGAAUUCCUCGAGGCUGCGGAGUCGCUGACGACCAUCUUUGACGCCCUUGGAUCCGUCGCUUUCUCGCCAGUCAAGAACGACAUGAUUGGCAACAUCAAGAAACUCCGCGAUCGCCAGCUUGCCUCUCCCCUCGAGUCCGAGAACAUCCAAGACCUCUGCCGCAACGAAUUGAAGACUAAGAAGCACACUGCCACUGAGGGUCUCCUCUGGCUUGUCCGUGGACUUGAGUUUACCUGCCUCGCCCUGACCGCCAACACGGCCAAGCCCGAUGAGGAGCUUGCUGACUCCUUCCGCGCCGCCUACGGCAGCACCCUCAAGCCUCACCACAGCUUCCUCGUCAAGCCCAUCUUCAGCGCCGCCAUGAGCGCUUGUCCAUACCGCAAGGACUUUUAUGCCAAGCUCGGCGACGACCAGACCAAGGUCACGAGCGAUCUCCAGGUCUAUCUCACUGCUCUCGCCAAGAUUGUCGGUAUUCUCAAGCAAUUCGUCGACAGCAAGGAGGCCAAGUGGUAA